AUGCGGGGGAUGCGAGCGGGACGGGCGCCGGAGCUGGCGGCAAUGGGGGAAGGCGGCGGCCGGCGGGCGGCAGAGCCGGAGCGCUUGGCGCUGGAGCUGGGGCGGGAGAGGCGGAAGCAGCAGAUGCUUGAAAGCUCAAUAUUUGAACUGAGAAACACGGUAGCAGAACUGGAAAAAAGUCUUAACAGUAUUGAAAAUGAAGAUAAUGAAUGGAAAACCAGAUAUGAGACACAAGUAGAAUGGAACAAGCAGUUGGAAAGGCAAAUUAAUAUUCUUCGAGAUAAGGUGAAGCUUAUUCGUGGAAAUCCAGCAGAUAAACUGUCCCUUGUUCGCACCUUUGAUAAAAUGCCUGUGGGUUCCUUAAAGGACGUUCUUAAACAGCUAGAAGAAGAGAAGAAAAUUCUCCAGAACCAGCUAAAGGACUAUGAACUUAGAUUGGAACAAGAAGCAAAGGCUUACCACAAAGUUAAUGAUGAGCGGCGCUUGUACCUCUCAGAGAUGUUACAGAGGAAGACACAGUGUUCCAGGAAAUCUGAAGAUGGUUAAUCCUCAAAAAUGAUCAAUUAAAAAGACUGUAGGAGUGAACCAGCUUCCACAGCUAAAGCACUGAUUUAAUAUU